AUGGGCUCUCGAGGAGAAGCCGCGCUGCUCCAACGGCAGGGCCAGAAUCUGUAUGGCCAGGGUAAUUUGGAUGGCGCUUUACGUGCCUUCACGGAGGCACUAAAAUGUCCUGAUGUAGAUGCACUCUCGGUGCUGGAUAAUCGAGCAGCGACAUACACGAAACUCCUACGGUAUGAACAGGCUCUGAAGGAUGCCAGGCAAAUGAUAAAGCAAGAUAAACAAGAUGAACGAGGAUAUCUACGUUGUGCCAAAGCGCUAUUGCUGGAUGGGAAGCCCGAGAAGGCUCGUGAAGUGUAUGCGUACGCGUUGAAAACCUUACCAAAGGAUAAUCCACGACGUCAGGUACUGGAGCAAAUGCACUCGAAACUGCACGAUAAGUUGGUAUCAAAAUGCUAUGAUCCGUUCACCGUGUUCCCGCUUGAAAUAGCGCGGAUGGUUUUGGAGCAUUUUGACUUCAAACAGAUAGUGGCUAUCUUACGGGUCUCAAAAGGAUGGGAUCGGUUCCUUUCAUCAAUGCGGGAUUUAUGGAUGCGUAUUGAUUUCUCUGGGGCACGCGGGAAAAUUCAUUGGUCAUCUGCUCUAGCCUACAUCCGGCGAUCCAAGGCCAUGCUCACAGAAGCCAUUGUGGCGAACCUCACCAAGGCCUCUAUACGGAAAGUUCUGGAGUAUAUCAGUCGUUGCCCAAAUCUCCAACACCUUCAGAUCCUGUCACCCUCCUCACCCAACGACAUCUACGAACUCUUCAAAGGAUGCAAGAAGCUUAAAACUCUUUUAGUCUCCUCAGACACUACCAUCCCUCAAUCUACGCUCACCAAACUGCUAGCCAGCUUCCCCAAGCUCGAACGCCUCGAGAUCCAUAAUGCUACAAAGUCUCGCGCGUCCGACGUUCACUGGCCACCAGCCCUCCCCAACUUGCAAAGCAUCACGCUCGGCACAACUGAGUCUGGUGUUCACGAAAACUACAUCCCAGCCCUCUACAUCCCUCGCCUAAUCGACCCAACAACCCCGCUCCCAAUAUCAAACCUCACCGAGCUCCGCCUCCACUCAAACCCCAAAAUCUUUGUCCCCUAUCCGCCGUCUUUCAACCCUGCAGACCUCCCCCACCUUCAAAAACUAGACAUAAGCGGCCUCUACAUCGGCGGCACCUUCGGCCUCCCACCUACUCUCCAAUUCCUCCGAAUCCGCGGUGGCGCAGCAAUCGAGGCGCUCCCCUUCGCUACGCCAACCACAGAUGAAAGCAACGGGCAACUCCAACCCCUUCACCUCCCAAAUUUAACGACACUUAUAUUCAGCGACGUCCCCUGGGUCACACAUCUGACCCUAAUGGCAUUUGUGGCGAACGCGGGGGCGCCGCUGGAAGUGCUGCAUGUCGAUAGCUGUUUCAGGGUUCCGGCUGCGAUACUAGUUUCGAUUCUCCGUGAGCAUGGUGCGCAUCUGAACACUUUGAAUCUUGCACAUGUCAUGGGGGUUCAGGACUCGACUGUUGCUGUUUUAGUUGAGGGAGUGCGGUCGUUGAAUGUUCUUAAUUUGGCGUAUACUGACAUCACGGGUGUUACAAUCAAGGCGCUUGCAGAUUCGCAGAUGGCAGAGGAUACGGCAAAUGUGGAAUGCUUGUAUGUCAAGGGGUGUGAGGGAAUUUCGUCCGAUGCUAUUGACUACGGACGGUCUAAAGGACUUGUUAUUGUUACUUGA